AACGACCAAUCACAUGAGCGCAUUUGGGUCUGUUGCAGAGAUUUUCUCACGAGGGUGUCUGUAGGUUCGUUUGCUCAUCGUACCGCUGGUAUUCUGGUGAAUGCGAGUGUGGUGAAAUGUAUCAUUAUUGUUUUUAAGCAAUGUUUUAUUAUGAGCAAAUAAGAGGACUGUCAUUCUGAUGAGGUGAUGAUAAAUGAAAGCGUCCACUGCUGAAAGUGCUCUCACGCUCCAUGAACAUGUUGAGAAAACUUUUACUGCUCUUGAUGCCUUGCAUCGUUUUCAUGACGCGGAGAUCAAAGGCAGCGGCGGCGCCCAGCGCGAGCAAAACUUUGAUUUGGGGUCCUGGACUGGAGACGAACAUUGUCCUUCCUGCUCGGUUCUUCUUCAUACAGACAGUGGACACCACCGGAAGAAAUUUUACGACUUCUCCUGGAGAGAAAACAUUCGAAGUGCAGAUUACAUCUCCAACGGAUCCGUAUUCCAGAAUCUGGGUCCAGAUUUUAGACCGGAGCGACGGAUCGUUUUUGGUUCGGUACCGCAUGUACGCCAGUUACACCGAUCUGCACAUUCAGAUUCUGUUGAAAGACAAGCUGGUGGGGAAAUCACCAUAUGUGCUCAGAGGUGCAGUGUAUCACGAAUCAUGUGACUGCCCAGAGCCCAGUGGUGCAUUAUGGGAGAAGAACAUGCACUGUCCAGCCUCCUUCUCUCAGAUAGAGAGUGAUUUAUCUGUCUUUCCCAGUGUGGAUCCAGAUCGUAAUGCUCAUGAGAUCCUCCAGCGCUUUGGGAAGAGACAUAGCCUGUGCCACUAUACCAUCAAAAACAACCAGGUUUAUAUAAAAACACAUGGAGAACAUGUCGGAUUCAGGAUCUUCAUGGAUGCUUUCCUUCUGUCCCUCACACGUAAAGUCAAGCUUCCAGACAUUGAGUUUUUUGUGAAUUUGGGGGACUGGCCCCUGGAGAAGAGACGGGCCUCUGAGAAGCCUAGCCCAAUAUUUUCAUGGUGUGGCUCCAAUGACACACAAGACAUCGUCAUGCCAACCUAUGACCUCACAGAGUCUGUAUUGGAGACUAUGGGCAGAGUGAGUCUGGACAUGAUGUCUGUCCAGGGACACACAGGUCCAGCGUGGGAGCAGAAGAUGAGCAAAGCAUUCUGGAGAGGGCGAGACAGCAGGAAAGAGCGUCUUGAGCUGGUUAAACUGGCGCGGGCGAACCCUGCCGUGCUCGAUGCCGCCUUAACAAACUUCUUCUUUUUCAAACAUGAUGAGAGCCUUUAUGGGCCCCUCGUCAAACAUGUGUCCUUUUUUGACUUCUUUAAGUAUAAGUACCAGAUAAAUGUGGACGGGACGGUCGCAGCAUACAGAUUACCUUAUCUGCUUGCCGGAGACAGUGUGGUGUUGAAACACGACUCCAUCUAUUACGAGCACUUUUACAAGCAACUCCAGCCGUGGGUGCACUACAUCCCCUUUAAAGCUGACCUCAGUGACCUGCUGGAGAAGAUCCAGUGGGCUAGAGACCAUGAUGAGGAGGUGAAGAAAAUUGCUCUGGCAGGUCAGCAGUUUGCACGAACCCAUCUAAUGGGCGACAGCAUAUUCUGUUACUACUUCAAACUCUUCCAGUACAUUACAGUGCGUGCUUCACCAGAGAUGAGCCAGGGAGGGAGUGAAAAAGACAAAGGUCAGAUAGCGCACGUCUUGCCAUCUGCACGCCACACACAUUCAGUGGUCGUUUUACUGUAUGUGUUGAUAAGACUAUGCUGGUCCCAAGUUUCCUGAGAGCUCACAGUAGUCACUGAGCACAAGUACCCCUGAGGUCAUGAACCCCAGCACUUUAUGGUUUUCCAUAACCAUCGGCUCCAAACAUUAAUCUUUAAACGCACAUUCUGGCCUCAAAGCACUCAAAGCAAUAAACCUGUGUGCGUUUGAGGUGUGGAAGUGUCAGAGGUCAAGACCACAGCGACUACUUGAAUUUUAUGUGAUUUGUACUGCAGAUAAAGAUGUUUGUUUAGUGUGAUGAUGUUGCAGUUAAUUAAAAUUUAUAAGUAAAAAUAAAAGAGGGUGUGUGAUUGGGUGGCAUAAUCACAUUGUGUAGCUGAACUUGCAUAUUGAGAUAUAAAUGUAAAUCUUUUCUGCUCUGUUUUGCCAGUAAAAUUUUGUACACUAAAUGACAUUUUUGCAUUCAUCCAGCUCUGUGUUUUUGU